UUGAAACCGACUAAGAAUGCACUUAUGCAAAUCAGUGACAGACCACUCGGCCAGUUAGACAUCAAGUGGUAAACCUGACGUGUGUAAAGCAAUAUGUUACAGCGUGGUAUGGUAGUAAGUCAUCAGAAAGACUAUUAGUUACUAUAAACACUGGGACAACGAAUGAUUCCGUGUAAGACCGAAAACUGUAUAGCAAUACGGGACAAAGAAGAAUCCAGUAUGAAAUAUGUGUGUUUAGUACUAGUAUUGCUUCAAGUUAAUGCGUCUUACCAACAGAACAUUCUUCCUGAACAUAGAAGACGCCACUGUAAUGCACUGCAAAUAGCAGACAUAAUGGAGCAUGCUUUACCAGAGAUACGCAGCAUUCUGCACUCUGAGUUGGGAUAUAUCAGAAGGCAAAUUGAUGAGGUCAAGGCUUCUUUCGGAGUCGUUAAAGGGCAACCAAUUAUUCGAGGAAUGCCUGGACCUCAAGGGCCCCAAGGUGAACCUGGAAUUCGUGGAUUGAAAGGUGACCGUGGGGAAAUAGGACUAUAUGGUCCAGCAGGUCUCCCUGGAGAACCUGGCCGGGCUGGAGAGCCUGGUGUAACAGGUCUGGCCGGUUUUCCCGGUUUGAAAGGAGAUCCAGGAAAUCCAGGAUUUCCCGGUUUAAAAGGAGAAAAAGGACUUCAAGGAUUAGACGGAUUACCCGGUCAGAAAGGAGAACCUGGUGGAGGACGAUAG